GCGUCAGUCUCGGAUGCCAUCUUCGCGCCGCGCACGUAGCUCCGUGUGUGUACGUGUGUGCGCGCAUACGUACAUACGCGCGUGUUCGUGUACGUGCAUAUUACGCGCAUAUACACGGAGUACGUACACGGACAUCCGUACGCACAUACAAGACCGGCGCAAAGUGGGGGCGAGCACGGAGAAAGAGAAAGAGCGAAGGAGAAAGAGGAGCGAGUGAGCGAACGGAGCGGAUAUCAAGCAGCCACGUUGGUACUCGGCGCUGUGAAAUCGGAGAAGCAUCGUCGCUAGGAUAUUAUAAAAAAUGAGUUCAAGUGCAUGUUACAAAUGUAACCGCAUGGGCCACUUUGCGCGGGAGUGCCCACAAGGAGGUGGAGGUGGAGGUAGAGGAGAUCGCGGUCGUGACAGGGAUGGUGGCUUUGGCCGUGGAAGAGAGAAAUGCUUCAAGUGCAACCAAUUCGGACACUUUGCACGCGAGUGCAAAGAGGAUCAGGAUCUUUGCUACCGCUGCAAUGGUGUCGGACACAUUGCGAAAGACUGUCAGCAGGGGCCAGAACUGAGUUGUUACAAUUGCAACAAGACUGGUCACAUGGCGCGCAGCUGCCCGGAGGGCGGCAAUGAUUCCGGUCGCUUUGCCAUGCAAAGUUGCUACAACUGCAACAAGACGGGUCACAUCGCUCGCAACUGCACCGAGGCUGGUGGCAAGACUUGCUACAUCUGCGGUAAGACCGGUCACAUAAGCCGUGAGUGCGACCAGGACGACAGGAAGUAGGAGAUAACCGAAAUCCGUGCCGCUCGCUUAACGAUAACGAUAAGCUGUUUACCGUCACGCGCGUUGCUACCGAGAAUUAUAACUAGGUAGGGAUGUGCAGACACAUGUCUCGUUGACGCGUACAAUGUGCGGAUGACGUAUGCCGUCGUCGUCGUCGUCGCCGUCGCUGUCUCCUUUGAGCCGCUAUUGUCGUCGACGUCGCCGGCGGCACUCAUCCUCGUCGUCGUCGUAGUCGUUCGGAUUUCCAUCUCUCCAUGCUCCCAACUCCCGGAGGCCAUCCAAGCCCUCCUCCCCCUUAUCCCCAAUCUCCUUACCUUCUCUGCCCACCGUUGUUCUCUUCGCAAGGGUUUUUCUUUUUUCUUAACGAUGUCUUUAAGUUUUUAUUGCUGUUACACUGACACAUACAUACAUACAUACAUACAUACAUACAUACAUACAUACAUACACACAUACAUACAUACAUACAUACACAUACAUACAUACAUACAUACAUACAUAUGUAUAUGCAUGUAUACAUGCAUAUAUAGCAAAAUACACAUGAUUACAUUACUACUCUUCUGCUACUAUUACGUGUGCGUGAGCGCAGGGUAACACGUCCGACGUUUUUACCAUGUUACACGUUCAUGGUAUACACAAGACAACAUACAGUCACAUGCAUUAUAUACAUACACGUAUGUAAUAAUAUUAUAAACAUUCGAUUGAAUUAGAGUAGAGACAUGAGUCCUCUGUCCCUUGACUUUCGAACUGUCUCGUACGCGCAUUGUUUUCCGAUGCAAGAUGUAUGGAUACUCGGGAAGCUUACACGUGAUCUCGCGAGGUAUCGACGCGUGUUCGCGCGGUGUAAGCCGCGCCACUUCCUUCAUACACGUGCUCCCUCGGCGGCUGUCGCAUUUGUACAACACAGCAAAUUUUACAUAACGAAAUGACUGAAACGAUUGACAAGAUAAAACAAAAAAAAAAGAAAAGGACAGGCUGCUGCUAGUCGGCGCUCGUUGAGAUAAUGACGUCUCGCCAUUGACAUAGGCACAGGCUCACGUCGCACCACUUUUCGCAUCCACGCAUCUUGUAUUCUCUGGUCCUCCCUCUCGAACUCUCUAGCCGACACUCACAAAGAAAAAAAAAGAAGUAAUUCGGAAGCGAAAGCGGGAAUGGAAAGAGAAAGCGAGAACACAUGCCGGCCCUGAAUGCAUAAAAAUAAGAAUUAGUAACGCUAAUUUUUAAUGUGUAAGGAUGUAAUGAGGAUCUCGCCGAGCUGUUACUACGUCAUUUUUCUCUGAGUUUCCGUUUUAUAUUUUUUGUUUUCUUUUUACUUAUACCCGUCCGGUUCCGUCGUAUGCGGGUGGGCGAACGGACGGACAAGAAAGCGAAAUAUAGUUGUAGGAUUGUCAGUGUUUACGGGUUUAUAUACAGUUGUACUGGGUCUUGCGUAUCCCCCAACUUCGACGAAGUAGGGCAAAAGAGAGAGAGAGAAACAUGUGUUUGUGUCCGAAUACAAAAAAAAAGGAAGAAUCGUCAUUUAUACCGGUAUGAUACGUUUGAAAAAAAAAAAAUGAUCGCUAUAUCCAUAUGUAUGUAUAUAUACAUAUAAACACGGUGGUCUGUACAAGUUGAGAUAUUUUCUACGUACAAGCAUAUAAUUGUUAAUAACACGACUAUAGUUCAUGUAGUUCAUACCGUCGCCAGACUGUUGACGGACUUGAGAUGAGAGGAGCCCACACUGGUGUGUACCAACCUUACUAUAUCCUUACAUGUUGCUGAAAAUACUUCGUUACUAGGUAUAUGUAUAUAUAUAUGCGCAUAUGUGUAUACAUAUAUUUAUGCAUAUGUGCAGGAGCUGUAUUUUGUACUGUAAAAAGCUAGCUAUACUCUGGUCGUUGCUGGUGGCUAAUUCCGACUGCGAUGAUAUAAUUCUGUCUGUAUGACUCUCUUUGUAUUUUACACGAGAAGAUUAUAUUAUUCAUGUUUAGACUAA